UCCGGAGCGCCCACCGCGCCACUGCUAGGAGGAAGAGCCUGCGGGAACUGGCGGCAGGACGCUCUCCUCUUGAGUGCAGGUGCCGACUCUGCUGUGACCAUGCCUGUGACCUUUGCCCUCCUGCUCCUCCUGGGCCAGGCCACUGCAGACCCAUGCUAUGAUCCACAGGGCCACCCCCGAUUCUGCCUCCCGCCAGUGACACAGCUGGCUGCCUCGGCAGCCUCUUGCCCUCAGGCCUGCACCCUGUCCCCAGGGAACCACCUUGGCCCUGGGGAAACCUGCAAUGGCAGCCUGACCUUGGCCCUGGGUGGCCCCUUCCUCCUGACAUCUGUCAGCCUGCGCUUCUGUACCCCAGGACCCCCGGCCCUCAUCCUGUCUGCCGCCUGGGCCGCAGGGGGUCCCUGGAGGCUGCUGUGGCACAGACCUGCCUGGCCUGGGGCCUUGGGAGGCCCUGAACGAGUGACCUUCCGCUCCACACCAGGCUCUAAGGCCACUGUGGCGGCCAGCCACCUCCGCGUGGAGUUCAGGGGCCAGGCCAGGCUGGCAGCGGCUGGGCUGAGAGGCCGCUGCCAGUGCCAUGGCCACGCCGCCCGCUGUGCUGCCCGUGCCCGGCCCCCUCGCUGCCGCUGCCGCCACCAUACCACCGGCCCGGGGUGCGAGAGCUGCCGCCCAUCCCAUCGAGACAGGCCCUGGCGGCCAGCCACGCCCCAGCACCCCCACCCUUGCCUGCCCUGCUCCUGCAACCAGCACGCCCGACGCUGCCGGUUCAACUCUGAGCUGUUCAGGCUGUCGGGUGGCCGGAGUGGGGGUGUCUGUGAGCGGUGCCGCCACCACACAGCCGGGCGGCACUGCCACUACUGCCAGCCAGGGUUCUGGAGGGACCCCGGCCAGCCUAUCUCCAGCCGCAAGGCCUGCAGGGCCUGCAAGUGCCACCCUAUUGGGGCAACAGGAGGAACCUGCAAUCAGACCAGUGGACAGUGCACCUGCAAGUUAGGCGUCACAGGCCUAACCUGCAACCGCUGUGGUCCUGGCUACCAGCAGAGCCGCUCCCCCAGGAUGCCCUGCCAGCGAAUCCCAGAGGCAACAACCACUCUUGCUACUACCCCUGGUGCUUACAGCUCUGACCCUCAGUGUCAAAACUACUGCAAUAUGUCGGACACCAGGGUACACAUGAGCCUUCGGAGGUACUGCCAGCAGGACUAUGUUCUCAGCGCGCAGAUACUAGCGUCCGAGGCGGUGGGCCUGGCGUGGCAGCGGCUGGCUGUGCACGUGCUGACCGUCUACAAGCAGCGGGCGUGGCCGGUGCGCCGCGGCGACCAGGACGCCUGGGUGCCCCGCGCCGACCUGGCCUGUGGCUGCCUACGCCUACAGCCAGGCACCGACUACCUGCUGCUGGGCAGCGCGGUGGGCGGCCCCGACCCCGCGCGCCUCAUCCUCGACCGCCACGGCCUGGCGCUGCCAUGGAGGCCGCGCUGGGCUCGGCCCCUGAGGCGGCUGCAGCAAGAGGAGCGUGCCGGAGGCUGCCGCGGCCUGCGGGCACCCACACCCAGACCCACCCACGACAGAGCACUAAACAUGGGCUGGGGCCGCCUCGAACGCCAACAAAAUAACUUGGGAGCGACGGGGAGCUGAGCCUCCUACCUCGAUGGUGCGCCGUAGAGAGCCAAUCAGACGUCGCAGAGUCCCGACGUCACUGUGCAUGCGCCACGCCGCGCAGGCGUGCAGAACUUUUAGCAAAUAGGCGGCGACCAAGAUUUCUGGUUCCAGCAGUCCCUCCUUUGGCCUGUGGCUAAUUCCCCGCCAGUGAUCCAUCUUCCCCAAUAAAGUCUCAAAUAUCAGGGAA